AUGCUUCAUGUUUGGAGACCUUCUGGGCAAGAGCUGGCCGUGGUGAGCGCAGAGGAUUUCAAGGAUGCAGUGGCUUUGAAGGAGCAUUUGCGCAAGCUGCAUGGUUUCCCUGUGUCUUUGCAGCAACUUCUGCAUGAUGGAAAUCUCCUUGCUGAUGACGCAGCUCUGGCUGGCCUUACGGAUCUUCAAGUAGUUCUUCUGACCAUCGCCGACCCUGCGCUUACCAACAAAGAUGCACGCUCAGCGGCAGCAGAGCUGCGGGAUGCUUCUCGACGGAAUCGUCAGGAGGUGGUGCGAUGCCUGCUGGAAGCUGGGGCUGACAAAGAUGGCGUGGAGUGUGACGGCGCCACCGCGCUGAUGCUCGCAUCUGAGCGUGGUCACCUGGAGGUUAUCCGUUUGCUGUUGGCAAGUGGUGCUGCAGCUGAUAGGCCAGACUUUUCCGGGCGGACUGCUCUUAUUCGCGCAUCUCAGCGUGGUCACGUGGAGGUUGCACGACUGCUGCUGGAAGCUGCUGCUGAGAAAGAUGGCGCUCAGGGUGACCUCGCCACGGCGCUGAUGAUCGCAUGUCAUCGUGGUCACCUGGAGGUUGUUCGCUUGCUUCGGGUAGCUGGUGCUGGAAAAGAAUGCACCGGGAAUCGCGGCGAGACAGCCCUAAUGCUCGCGUCUGAGAGAGGUCACCCGGAGGUUACACGCCUGCUGCUGGAAGAUUCUGCUGAGGUAGAUGCCAAAGACACUUUUGGGAACACAGCCUUGAUGCUGGCAUCUGGCAGCGGUCAUUUGGAGGUUGCACUUUUGCUUGUAGAAGCUGGUGCUGGUAAGGAUUGCUGGAAUCACAGCAGCACGACAGCUCUCAUGCUCGCAUCUGGCAGUGGUCAUCUGGAGGUUGUCCGUUUGCUGCUGGAAACCGGGGCUGACAAAGAUUGCUGGGACGAUGAUGGCAUGACAGCCCUAAUGUGCGCAUCUCGAAGCGGUCAUAUUGAGGUUGCACGUUUGCUGUUGGACUCUGGCGCGAAUAGAGAUUGCUGGAAUCACAAUGGCAUGACAGCCCUAAUGCUUGCAAAUCGGUUUGGUCGGGGUCAGGUUGCACGAGUUCUGCUAGAAGCUGGUGCUGCCAAGUGGCAAUGA